CAAAAGUACAAUGGACGUUGAUUGACAGUUGUUUGAAGCCUACAAGGGGAUGAAUAUGUUCCAUUCAUUCCUUGUAGAGUCAGUGUAAAAAUAAUGUUUGUCAUUUCUCUCUGCGGGUUUUUUAAAUAGAGUAACGAACUGAGAAAAUAAUGAAACAUACACGCUAUUGCUAUAUAAAUUGUGGCAUUUGUUUUCAGGAAGAUCGGUGGUAAUUAUUUUGAUAGAAUUUUAUAAAAUACUUUAUUUUCUCUAGGUGGUUGGUUCUAGCUAUUGCCAUGGUACGUUUUUAUAUGGAAAAAGGAACACACAAGGGUUUAUAUAAAAGUAUUCAGAAGACACUUAAAUUUUUCCAGACAUUUGCCGUGCUUGAGAUAGUCCACUGUUUAAUUGGAAUCGUACCUACUUCUGUGCUUGUGGCUGGGGUCCAAGUGAGUUCAAGAAUCUUUAUGGUGUGGCUCAUUACUCACAGUAUAAAACCAAUCCAGAAUGAAGAGAGUGUGGUGCUUUUUCUGGUCGCGUGGACUGUGACUGAGAUCACUCGCUAUUCCUUCUACACAUUCAGUCUUCUCGACCACUUGCCAUACUUCAUUAAAUGGGCCAGAUAUAAUUUUUUUAUCAUCUUAUAUCCUGUCGGAGUUGCUGGCGAACUUCUCACGAUAUAUGCUGCCUUACCAUAUGUGAAGAAAACGGGAAUGUUUUCUAUAAGACUUCCUAAUAAAUACAAUGUCUCUUUUGACUACUAUUAUUUUCUUCUUAUAACCAUGGCCUCAUAUAUACCAUUGUUUCCACAACUCUAUUUUCACAUGCUACGUCAAAGAAGAAGGGUGCUUCACGGAGAGAUGAUUGUAGAAAAGGAUGAUUAAAUGACCCCUACAAACAAGGUGCUUUUUCCAGAAUAACCAGGAUUGCUUGAGUCCAAGUUUUAAUAACAAGAAUAAAUGACUUCACGAAAUAUUACAGAUUGUAUCAUUUCUUCAAAUACAACUUGAGACAUGUGGUAUUUGCCAGUAUUUGUCUUCACAUUGUGCCAGGUCCAUUUUUUUCUACAAGAACUAUGCAAGUAUUUACCAACUCCUGGGUAGAUGAUGAUCAUUAAAAAAAUAAUCGUGUGUUACCUGCAAAAAACCUUACAUUUAUUUUUUCCUUUUUAGUUUGAGUAAGUUUGUUUUUGCAAUAUAUGCUCAAAGCUUUUUUGGUCAAUAUAGAAAUUAGUUUAAUGAUUUAACCAUAUUAUGAUACCUGCUAGUGAUAUUGAUAUGAUAUUUAUAAAUGAAAGUAAAUACAGAAUUAUAACUCGUUAAUAAUGUAUUAGUGUUUUUUGCACCCAAGAUUUCUUUAUUUCAAGUGAUAAGGCAACAUUUUUUAUUAAUACCAACUUUUGGAAGCAUGAAUAUAUAAUUUACCAUGAUACAGUUUUCAAUAUAGAUAAAAUAGCUGUAUUAAAAAAAUUCAGGUAGAUGUCACAAUUGAAAAAUAUUCUUUGAAAAUAUGUGUAGGCCGUUGAAAUUGUGCAUACCACUGAGCAAAUUUAUUUUUAUUUGAAUUAACCACUUAAGGAUAACCUUUUCAACCCUAAGGAUUUUAAGGGAUUAGAAAGAAUAUAAGUAUAUACUUUGCCUCACUUGGAAAAUCAUAGUUAACAUUGGGUCUGAUCAUGAUGUUAUACUCAGAACUGUGGCCGAGAAAGGCUGCUGUCUAUCAUGGAAUCAUCAAAUGAAAAUCAUGUUAUGAUAAUCCCUUUGAAGUACUUAGGUAAUGAGAAGUUUUGGGCUAUGAUCUGAAACAGACUUGUUUUAUUCUGAAUUCCAUUGAAUAUCAAAAAGUCGUCAAACUCCUAUCUCUGUGUUGAAUAGAACGAUACACUGAAAGAUAUACUUUAAUACUACUUUAAUUCUUAAGUAGGUCCUUUAAAAAUGUUCCUCCUUAUGUAAAGGUAUGCUGCUUUACUGACUCAGUUUAGAGAGAAUACUAAAUAUGUAACUUUAUAAGAAAAGUAACUUUUGCCCACUAUAGAUCCAUAGGUGUGAUUUUGGCUUCAUGCGUUCUGUACUAUUUGCAUUUCCAUCAACGUAUAACAUUAGUCUUCAAAAUUUUGUGUUACCAUCCCCUUUUCAAAUUAUUUCAUGUGGAGGUUUGUAGUUCAGAACAGUUUUGCAAACUUUCAUUUUUGGUAACUUGACUUUUAAAAGGUGCUAUUUCUUUUAUUAUAUUACAUUUUAAUAUUUCCUCUGCAGCUGAAUGUUGUAAUAAGCAAUACGUAUUAGGUUACUAAUUCUCAAAAUGCUAAUGUUCAUUCUCUGCUUACAUGGCUUGAUCUGUUUUCAUCUGGAAUUUUUAUAUGGAAGACAUUUUCAAGGAGUUUUUAUCUUCGGUAACAUAGUAUAAAUAGUUCACAUAUUUAUCUCUUUAGAUGCCUAUCUUAUGAAAAAUAUUUCAAAUUCUUUUCCUAAAAUUUGCAUUAAUUCAACUUGUACUUCCUUCAAGCAGCGGUAAUACUCAGUAAUAUUCCCUGCCCCCCCACCCCCGCCCUUAAGUUGUGGAAUAUCUUGAAGUAGGAAUUGUGAUUAACUUUAAUAAAAAUGAAAAUGCAUCAAACUAUUCAGUGACUUAUAUUAAUAUAUUCAAAGUAUGUAUAACUUUAAGUUUAGUUCAUCUUCAGUAUCUUCCAUUUCAACUAGUUCCAAACUGUUCUUUGUGUAGAAAAGAAUGCUUAAACAGCACUUUGGUUUUAAAAAGAAAGUAUUUGUAAGUCUUUUGUACUUGUUUCCUGUGACUGUCACCGUACCUUUCCUUCCAAUAGCCUAGUCAGCACUUGAAUCAAAUAGAACUUGAAUUCAAUCCUAUAGACUUUAGCUUUUGAAAAUAUACAUCAAGAAACGCUAACACUAGCAACUUUCAAUGGGAUUUAGUAACAUUCCUUCAUAUUCUGGUUUUAGAUUUUUCAUAGCUUUAUUGCUUGAUACGUUAUACAAUAUGUAUAAUACACAUCUUUUAUUUUUCAUGGCCUUAAUUUGAUAUAAAUAUAGAAACAUCCCUGAUAGGUAUAGCUUAAUGAAAAUGGCAUGUCAAAUAAGUAUUAAAAAAGUCAUUUUCACCAAAGCUUUUGUAAUUUCUGUAGAUUCUUAGAAGCUUUUUGCACCUUUAGAUUUUUAAACAUCUGAUUAUUAUGCCACUGUCUAAUGGUUUCUGAUGAUAUAUUACAAGUGAUAGGGAAUUAUGUAAUAAUCGUUUUUUUUUCCUGCCACAAAUGUUUAUUUUGUGCCUACUGUAUGCUAAGUACUGUUUCCUCCUGUCACACCUCUCUCCACCCUCAACUUUGACACUAUUACUACACUAUUAGGUUAAAUUGCUUAGGAAGUCACAUUGCAUAAUAAUUAUCUGUACUUUAACAAAGUAUAUUUGGUAAUCUGAUGUGGCAGGGUUCUUUGUUACAUAUACAUGUUUAAAUAUAUCAGAGAACCACUAAAUAACAUUCUGGUUUAAAUCUACUUUCAAAUUACAAUUAUUGGUAUGAAACUGAUAAUAUAAAUCAUUAAGGCAGCAUUUAAGGAAAAAUUAACUAUAAAAAGCAACAUUUAAAAUAUUUUUCUAAUGAAUAUGUAAAUGUAGAAGUAUUUUCUUUUAAUAUAUAUGCAGAUCUGAAAUAUAUGUAUAAUAGAAUAAAAAAGAGCAAUACAGUUUUGUAAUUUCUAGUAUGAAAGCAUUAAAUUUCAUAUUUUGGGGCUAAAUUUACAAAACAUCUUAAAUAGACAUAAGUACUUCUAGAUAAGAAGCUUAAAAUAUAUUCUAAAAAUUUUAGAUUUUUUUAGUAUUUCUGAUAUAGCUUUUACAAAUGUUUUUAUCACUUUUGAUUUGAAAUGAUUUCAAACUUACCGGAAAAUAGCAAAAACCUAGAAAACUUUCACACAAAUUCCCCACCUGUUAACAUUCCGUUUCAUUUGCCAUAACUUUCUCUCCAUACACACUUACAAUAUUUUGUGCACCAUUUGAGAGAAGUUGAAAAACAUUAAUUCCUUCAGCGUAUAUUUCCUAAGAACAAGGACAUUCUCUGACAUAGCCACCAUACAGUGAUCAAAAUCAGGAAAUUAAUGUUGAUUGAAUACUUUUAUCUAAACCACAGCCUUUAUUCAAAUCUCAUCAGCCUGAUGUUCCGAACACGUGUAUGUUCUGGCUCUAGAUCCAAUCCAGGUUCAGGUAUCACAUUUAGUUGUCAUCUCUUUUAGCCUGGAAUAUUUUCUUUGUGUUUUGUGACUGACACUUUCAAUAUAGUACAGGAUGAUUAUUUUGUAAAAAGUCUCUCAGUUUGACUUUGUUUGAUGUUUCCUCAUCAGAUUUAAUUUAUUCACUCUUGGGCAGGAAUAUUGAUUUGCUCCAUCUACCAGUGAUACUGACUUUGAUGUUUUAGAAUUUUUGUGUUUCAGUAUUUUGGUUACAGAGUUAACACAUAGAUAUUUUGCUAAUAGAAGGCCUUUUGGUCUAAUUCAUUGGAAUUUGGCUUUGAAACAAGGCCCUGAAAUUUUUUUGUUACCUGAUUAAUAUGCCCGUGCUCUGAUACACGAAGAUUGAUGUCUUUUUAAGUGCUUGAAAAGUAGUAAAUUCUUUUAUAUAUGCAAUUUCCAGGCAUAUUAUUAACUCACCUUUAUAUUGGCUUUUAUGCCGCUAGACUAUAAAACUCCAUAAUUAACAUACUUUGGUUUUGCUUUAAAACUAUUAAAUAUAGCAUUCUCUUCUAUGUUAUUAUAUGCUCUUAACUGUGGUAUUCCACUUUGCUAAGAUGAUAUGUAAAUGCAAGAUUGAAAUUGCUGUAAAAAUACAUUUUAUUUCUUGAUUUACGAUAGUGCCUUACCCCUGUGUUUUAAAAUGCAGUUUGUACAAUUUGAAAAUUAAAAAUUAUUCUUAAAUCCA